AUGGAUUUAUUAGCGCAUUAUAGUGAUAGUUCUGAUGAGUUGUCGGAUCAAGAAGUAGUGGCUAAGCCGGUAGCUGAGGAAAGUUUCGACAAAAAUGGAAAGAGAAAGUUCAAGUUCUCAAAAGCUGAGUUGAAACGCAGACGUAAGCAGAGGAAAGGUGAUGGACCGUGGGGUUCAUGGGAUGUUGAAGUGGACCAGAAGACGGUACAGGAUAUAGAUGAUGGUGGGGCGCACGACCUUUUUGAUAGCGACCACGACCAAGAAACUGCUAACGGCCCUACAAAAUUGCUGAAUGAAAAGUCUACUUUCUAUGGUAGGAAGGAGCGUGACUAUCAAGGUAGGUCUUACCUUCACCCACCUGCGGAUGUAGAUGUGGAUUUCAAACGCACACAAUUUAAAUGCUAUUUGCCAAAGAAGGUGAUUUAUCGUUACAAAGGGCAUCAUAAUGGUACUACAUCGUUAAGGCUACUACCUGGUACUGGACAUCUCAUUUUAUCGGGAGGAAACGAUAAUACUGUUAAGUUGUGGGAUUUUUACCAUGAUCGGAAAUGUCUUCGGGAUUUUGUAGGCCAUUCCAAGCCUAUCAAGACUUUGGACUUCACUAGCGACUCCUCACAAUUCUUGAGUGGUUCAUAUGACCAACAGGUCAAAAUCUGGGAUACUGAGACUGGUAAAGUGACCAAACGAUUGAAUACAUACUCUACACCGAAUAGUGCCGAAUUCAGACCGACGAGUGGAAAUGAGUUUGUUGUCGGCUUAUCUAGCAGUAAGAUUAAGCAUUACGAUACCAGGGUAUCAGAAAAGGACGGAUUGGUGCAGGUUUAUGACCACCACUUAAGCAGCAUAUUGGCAAUAAAGUAUUUUCCUGAUGGUUCUAAGUUUAUUUCUUCCUCCGAAGAUAAGACGUUGCGUAUAUGGAACAACCAAGUUAAUAUUCCGAUUAAACAGAUCAGUGAUACCACCCAGCAUUCUAUGCCAUAUAUUGGCAUUCAUCCAGAACACAAUUACUUCUCAACGCAAAGUAUGGAUAGCGUAAUUUACUCUUAUAGCAUGAAGCCAAAGUAUAAAAUGCACCCAAAUAAGAAGUUCAAAGGUCACAAUUCCGCUGGAUACGGUAUUGGACUGACAUUCUCACCGGAUGGAAGAUUUUUGUGCUCAGGUGAUGCCAGAGGUCAAUUGUUUCUCUGGGAUUGGAAUACAAAUAGGAAACUUUGUGACCUAAAACUGCCUACUAAGUCACCUAUCACUCAGGUUAGUUGGCAUCCCAAGGAAACAAGUAAAGUAAUAUGCUCUGGGCCUGAUGGUCGUAUAUUUGUUCUUGAUUGA